AUAAAGUCAGAACGAUGAAUUAUUGUCAUUCAGUUAGACAACGGUAAAAAUGCGUUUCCUAACAUUAUUGGUUUUCUGCUUCGCGGCUGCAUCAGCUUUACCUUCCAAUCGCAACAGGAUUGUUGGAGGAUCCAUAGUGAACAUAUCGUCGUACCCCUCGCUCGUUGCGCUCCUUUUUACUCCUGACUUGAUUAACUUCAGGCAAAAUUGUGGUGGUAUCAUUCUAAACAACAGAGCUAUUCUUACCGCUGCCCACUGCACCGUGGGUUAUCAACCUAACAGAUGGCGGGUCCGCGUGGGCUCAUCUUUGGCAAAUAGCGGUGGCAUAGUGCACAAUACUGCCGCCAUCAUUAACCACCCUAACUACGGACAGGGAGGACAUCCGAUCAACAACGACAUUGCAGUUCUGCGCCUUAGUACAAACAUUGUUUUCAACAACAAUGCUCGCGCUGGUUCUAUUGCUGGCUCCAAUUAUAUUGUUCCUGACAAUUCUGUCGUUUGGACUGCUGGAUGGGGGUAUACGUCUUCCGGCGGUUCACCAUCUGAGCAGCUUCGUCAUGUUCAAGUUUGGACUGUAAAUCAGUCCAUUUGCAACGCUCGUUACGGUGGCAUCACCGACAGUAUGCUUUGCGCCGGCUGGCUUGAUGUCGGCGGUCGCGACUCAUGCCAGAGCGACUCUGGUGGACCACUGUACCACAAUGGUGUAGUAGUUGGCGUCGUCUCCUUCGGAUACGGAUGUGGUGAUCCAAUAUUCCCGGGGGUGUACGCUCGUGUCUCAAGAUUUACUUCUUGGAUUCAGUCAAACGCCUAAAGCUUUAACGAAAGAUUAGAAAUAAAUAAAAUUGAGUCAACCAUA